UAUGCAGACGACAUUGUGGUACUAAGUGAGUCAAGAAACUUACUGCUUACCGCUGUCUACGCAGCAUUGCACAAAUCUAUGCAACGAAAUCUUAAAUUUUCCCUUCGAUCCUACUUUCAACCUUUCCUGUCUUUCUGCUACUGUUCAUCCAAAUGGACAGCAACCAAUACCGGCGCACGAAAGUGCAUGGUAAUGGUUGUAGAAACUGAAACUGAAACUGCUUACAGCAGUGAUUUUUACGCAGUGCUUUCUGUUUCUUCAUUACAGGUACUGGGUCUUGAUUCAGCCCUCCGGUUUCUCAAUUCAACUUUGCUUCGUGGUCAUCAUGCUACUAUCACAUUGUCCGCGAUCCUCGAGCUUCAUCGUCAUAUCCUGUCUUUUGUGGACCCUAGUGAGGCUGGUAAUAUGCGUCAGACACAAGUUUUUGUCGCGGAUCAUCAUCCGCCUCCGCCAGAUGCUGUGCCAGAUUUGAUGAAUGAAUUAGUGAAUUGGUUGAAUGGAGACCAGUUGUCCGAUGUACAUCCGAUAGAAUUGGCCGCGCUGACGCAUUGGAAAUUGGUCUAUAUCCAUCCAUUCUAUGACGGGAAUGGACGCACGGCCAGGCUGUUAAUGAAUCUGAUUUUGAUGCGUGCUGGGUUACCACCUGCGAUCAUCAAGUUGGAGGACCGACAAGCCUAUUAUGAACAUUUGAAAACCGCCAACGAUGGAGAUGUACGACCGUUUAUCCGCUUCAUCGCUAAGGAGCAAAUCUGGGAUAUCACGCUAGAACACUACCCACUCGACCACCGGGCGGCUGAUCAAACUGUUUCUCAUUUUGCUAUUGCGCAAUAUAGCACAACCCAUGUUUACCAGCUUAAUUCCGGCAUCAUACCUCACGCAUCAUAG